AUGGAGCGCGUGAUGGAGCGCGGCACGGACUACGUCAUAGACGUGCUCAACUUCAGUCUCGAGACUGUGCGCAGCAGCAGCUGGAUGCCCAACACCAUCGCCAUGGCCUCACGGAGCUCCGAGAAGCUGACCGACUCCGUGGCCACCAAGCUUGUGGCGCUGGCUCAGUCCCUGGGCGGCAUUCAGGAGCAAGACAAUAGCGCCCCGCCGAACGAGGAGCUGGCGAAGGCGCAGGCGACCACCGCGGAGCUGCGGACACAGUCGGCCGCUCAUGCAGCGCGUGAGGCACGUCGCGAUGAACUGUGCCACAACGGGAGGCUGGUCCAGACGGUGGUGGCCCCGUCGGGGGCGCGCGGGGACGGAUUCACCAUGUCCGAGCUCGUCGGCAAAUUUGUUGGCACAUCCACAAACGCUUCCACCUCUGAGCCGUAUGUAUUCAGCCACUGGCAGAGGGACAAAUUGAAGACCUACCGAGGCGCACCCGUGGAGAAGGCCCAUGUGGGCACGGUGCGUCUAUCGACUCACCCGCGCUCGCAGGAGACGGCCACUGCCCUCAGCGACAUCUUCGGCGACCUCGCGGGGAUAGGCUUCGAGUUCAAGGUGGCUACCGUGGCGGACUCACACGUCCGCGAGGUGCGGUACAGCAGCGGAUGCCCGCGCAACGGGGCCAUACGCUACCACGAACUCGACACUCAACCGUAUGGCAUCGCAGACGGCGUGCCCGCGAAGCUGGCCGAGGAGGCGCGCCCGCUGCCCCAGGCUGACAGCGACCGCCUGAAGGACUCGCGCGCCACUGCUGCCGCCCGCGUGCGCCUGGCGGAACCCAAGGCCGCUGUCGCGCAGUCUGCAGCGGUGCUCAGGGAUCAGCGGAUUGUGAGGACCGAGCAGCAGGCCACCGGGAAGUUGCAGGACUGCGCCGAGGCCGGACUCGUGACGUGUUGGAUCAACCAGCUCGGGUACAUCUACAAGAAGACCUCCAAUCCGAAGCACAGCGUGGAUGCCUACUCG